AUGGCACCCUCACCACACAUUGUCAUCAUCGGCGCCGGUAUUGUCGGCGCGAACCUCGCCGAUGAGCUGGUCUCCCGAGGAUGGACCAACAUCACCGUCGUCGAGCAGGGCCCGCUGCAGAUGCCCGGUGGCUCGACGUCGCACGCGCCUGGUCUAGUCUUUCAAACUAACCCGUCCAAGACGAUGACCCGUUUCGCACAGUACACGGUUGAGAAAUUGCUUUCUCUCGAGAAAGACGGGCAGAAUUGCUUCAAUCAGGUCGGUGGCCUGGAGGUCGCCACCACACCGGAGAGACUUGAGGAGCUGAAGCGGAAGCAUGGCUAUGCGUCCGCGUGGGGAAUAGAGGCGCAACUCGUUGGUCCAGCCGAAUGCGUCGAGAUGUAUCCCCUUCUGAACGAGGAAAUCGUGCUUGGGGGACUGCAUAUCCCCAGCGACGGGCUGGCGCUCGCAGCGCGGGCCACACAACUGCUGAUCGAACGGACACGACACGCAGGCGUGCGCUAUCUAGAAAUGACGCCCGUCACGGGUAUCCAAAAGACAGGGAAUCGCGUCACCGGCGUGAUAACCUCCGCCGGAGUCAUCCGCGCAGAUAUCGUCGUCUCCUGCGCAGGAUUCUGGGGCGUCGAGGUGGGGAAUAUGGCCGGCGUGUCCAUCCCCCUCCUGCCCCUGGCGCACCAGUACGCCAAAACCACCCCCGUUCCGGGCCUGGAAGGCCGCGAGAUCAACCACCGCCCCAACGGACUGAACGCCACAUUCCCCAUCCUCCGCCACCAGGACCACGACCUCUACUACCGCGAGCACGGCGACGCGUACGGCAUCGGCUACUACGGCCACCGCGCGAUGCCCAUCGAGGCUGCCUCGCUCGGGCAUACACCCCACCACGUCGACGAGAAGACCAUGCCGUCCAGGAUGGACUUUACCGCGGAAGACUUCGCCCCAGCCUGGUCCGAAACGCAGAAACUCCUCCCCGCACUGCAACAAUGCCAGCUCGCCGACGGCUUCAACGGCAUCUUUUCAUUCACGCCCGACGGCGGGCCGCUGGUUGGGCCUGCCCCAACUCUCGACAACUUCUACGUCGCCGAGGCAGUCUGGGUGACGCACUCGGCUGGCGUGGCGCGCGCACUAGCCGAGUUGCUGGUGGAGGGCUCGUCUCGCAUCGACCUAUCCGAGUGCGAGCUCUCCCGCUUCGAGGACGUACAGCUGAGCCGUGGAUACGUGGCUGAAACCUCAUCAAAGAACUUCGUCGAGAUCUACGAUAUCCUGCACCCGCUGCAGCCGCGUGAGUUACCACGACAGUUGCGCGUGAGUCCGUUCUACGCGCGCGAGAAAGAGCUCGGCGCGUUUUUCCUUGAGCUGGGCGGGUGGGAACGGCCGUUUUGGUAUGAUGCGAACGAGAAGCUGGUUGAGUUUCUUCCUGCUGAAUGGCGGCCUGUGGGGAGGGAUGCCUGGUCGGCGAGGUUCCAUUCCCCUAUUGUGGCGGUUGAGGCGUGGAAGACGAGGAAUGCGGUCGCGAUGUAUGAUAUGACGUCGUUCCAUCGAUUCGAGGUGUCUGGGCCUGGAGGGAGGGAGUUGCUGCGGAGGUUGAUGACGAGUGGCGUGCCGGGCGUGGGACAGAUCGCUUAUACGCUGCUGUUGAACCAGCGCGGGGGCAUUCGCAGCGAUAUCUUUGUUACGAGACUCGGCGAGGACCUGUUCCAGAUCGGCGCAAACAGCGCGACUGACUUUGCGUAUCUCUCCCGUGAGGCUCGGCGACAGUGUCAAWAGUCUCCAACGCAAUGGGUUCAAGUGCGCGAGGUGACGGGACACACCUGCUGCCUUGGACUCUGGGGCCCUCGCGCCCACGAUGUCAUCCGGACGCUGACGACCGAUGACCUUUCUAACACCGGGCUGCCAUAUAUGCAUGCUAAGAGCACAACCCUCGCCGGUCUGCCCGUCACCGUCCUCCGCAAGUCCUAUGUUGGCGAGAGCGGAUGGGAAAUCCAAACGAGCGCCGAGUACGGACUGCGCCUAUGGGAUGCUAUAUGGACUGCGGGCCAACCGCACGGUCUUAUUGCCGCUGGACGAGCGGCCCUCAACGCAUUGCGGCUGGAGAAGGGAUACAGGACCUGGGGCGUGGACAUGAACAGCGAGCAUGACCCGUUCGAAGCAGGCGUGGGCUCCGCGGUGCAGGUGGAUAAACAAGAAGACUACGUGGGCAAGGCUGCCGUGCAGCGACUUGCAAGGAGACAACCUGUGCGUCGGCUGCGGUGUUUGACAGUCGACGAUGGAAGGUCGAUGGUGAUGGGUAAGGAGCCUGUGUUUUGGAAGAACAAGGCUGUGGGAUAUGUUACCACUGCUGCGUUUGGGUAUACGAUCGGCAAGCCUAUUGCGUAUGCCUGGCUUCCUGCAUCGAUUCAAGAGGGCCAGAGGGUGGAGGUGGAAUAUUUUGGAAGACGAAUUGCGGCUACGGUUACAAAGGAGCCGGUUUAUGAUGCUAACGACCGGGCACUUCUAGCGGGGGAGAGGGUGGCUGAGCCUGCGCUGAGGCCGUUAAGGCAUCUUCUGUAG